AUGCUCUUGGAUGUUGUUCCAUUUCCGAUAAACUACAUCAUGACAGGAGAUUUUCUCUUAUCUACUUCAGCAAUGUUCUGGUAUUACUACUGCAAAAUUGCUUGGCCAGCGGCAGUAAAGUGGAAUCCCUCUCGAAUACGGAUGUACGCGCAUCCAAGUUGUCCCAAGCCUUGUGCUAAUAUCACACAUCCCUGCACCCGGAAGAGCCAUGUGGUUCGUCUCGGCCCAUCAAUCCUUAUGGACCCGGAGGUGAGGGAGGAAACCAUCUUCAACGAAAGCUUCAAAAUUUGUCAAAUGACUGAAAGUGGCGUCUAUGCACACAAUUAUCGCUGCGUCUGUCAAAGGGGAUAUGAGUGGUCCACGGUAAUGAAUGAAUGUCUGCUUAUCGACGGCUGCAGAGAUCCGAAGACGGGUCAGCAUAUGUGUUCACGGAACGGCACACAACGCUGUAUAUCCAUGUCCGCUAAUCUCGCCAGAGAGGACCUAGAUUUGCCUACGGCCGCGUUAAGUCUUCCCUACGCCUGCAUUUGCUACCCGGGGUACAUGGGCUAUCGAUGUGAGAGCCGUCGAGACGCCUGUAUAGAGCCAGCGGCUGCUCGCUGUGCGCCUGUAAGUACAGUAGCCGCCGAAGACCAUGCAACGCUAAUUAUGAAAUUUGCCUGGACAAUUUGA